AUGAGCAGGACGGUUGUAAAUUCUAGAUGUAGCGAGUUCAACAAAAGAGGAGUGAAGUAUGAUUGGAAGGUGAAAGUGGACACGUACUUGCCAGACCACCGUUGUACGGUCAUUACCUCCAUUCUGUUCAUGCCCUUGCAAGGGGAGCACUCCAACAUUCACCCCACAACAGUUAGGUUAAUGGCUUGGUUCACCGCCGCAGUUUCUUCGGGAGUUCCUCUUGUCUUUGUCAACAUUCAAACAGAACAGAUUGUCUCAACCUUGGACAAGGCAAAAACUAGUUUUGCUGGAAGAGAAAUAGUUUGGGGUAGGCAACAAAACCAGACUGCAAAUAUCCAAUUUGUUCAGGGGAUAAGACUCUGGUUUCUACCAGGAAUAACAGAAAUCUCACUCGAAAUGACACCAAAAGACGGAGAAGAGCGGAUGGAUAUCAAACGAACAGAAGAGGGCUUCAUUUGUGUGUUCUCAGUGACAAAAGGAUCGGCCGCUGAUAGAGCCGGUCUUUGCAGCCUAUACGAAGAAGCAUACGCAAGUGGACACUCGCUUGUGAUAUCUCGUUUAGAAGGGAAGAGCGUGAUGCCUUCACAUGUCUGCUCAGCGGGGCUCAUAAACUGUUGUGAUCACAAUGAGAUUAGGGACACUCUAACCUCAGCCAUUGACCAAAUGGAAAAGAUUCAGCUCCACAUCAUGGCAUGGCCGAACCAAGUACGGCCUCACACCCAAGGUGCUGGUGUUACCUCGCUUAGGCCUCCUAAUGGAUCUUGUCCCCCACAACCAUUUUGA